AUGUAUUUACCAGUUUUUCUAACUUUAAUUUUAAGUUUUGUGACGAAAGUAACCAUUUGUAAUGAAAGACCAGUGAUUGGAAUACUAACACAAGAAGUUUAUUGGUCUAGUUUUAGAAACUUUAAACCAUUCAUUAAGUCGUAUAUAGCUACAUCUUAUGUUAAAUCAAUUGAAGCUUCUGGAGGACGAGUUGUACCAGUUUUCACAAACAGGACUACUAAAUAUUAUAUGGAUGUGGUGAGAAAAGUUAAUGGCAUUUUGGUCCCUGGAGGAGGAUGUGCAUUUAAUAUGAGUUCUGGAAUAGGUCAAUCGACAAAUGAAAUUUUUCAGAUUUCAAAACUUAUAAACAAUGUAAAUGAUCAUUUUCCAAUUCUCGGAAUUUGUUUAGGAUUUGAACUUCUUUUAAUGGCAUCUAUUAAAGGGAAAUUUCCUUUUUCAAAAUGUAAUGCUCAAGAUUUAAAUUUACCUUUGACACUAGUACCAGGGAUGGAAGAAAAAAGUGUGUUAUUUAGAAACAUGCCUAAAGAUAUCCGAAACAUAUUACUUACAAAACCAGUCACAGCAAACCAUCAUUUAAAAUGUAUGAGGAAAGCAAACUUUACAUCAAUGAACUUAGAUAAAUUUUGGAAUCCUAUAACAACAAAUAGAGAUAAAUAUAAUUUGACAUUCAUAUCCACAAUAGAAGCAAAAAAUUAUCCAUUUGUGGGAUUACAAUUUCAUCCGGAAAAAAAUGCCUAUGAAUGGGAAAAAGAUGACCCUCAUAGUUGGUCAGCUAUAUAUUCAGCACGCUAUUUUUAUGAUUGGUUUGUCAAUGAAUGUCGUCGAAAUAAUCAUAGAUAUAUCAAAAAAAGUACGCUGGAAAAUGAAUUAAUUUAUAAUUACCCUACUACAUACGUGGGAAAAUUGAAAUCUGUCUUUGAGCAAGUUUACUUUUUUAAUGAAUAAAAGUAUAUGAUUGUUUAUUCCAAAUGUCAUAAUUCACAAUAGUGAUAUAAUUUUAAAUAAUGUACUAUUCAAUUUCUUUAGAGUAUUAUAAUUUUUAUUAAAAUAAGUAUAUACUUAAUAUAAUAAAUAAUAUUUUACACAAUAAUAUGUUAUUAUUACUAUAAUAAACAGUGGAUGAUU